AUGGAGACUGAUAACAGCUACCAGUCCACUAUUGGGAUGUCACCCUUUGAGGCUCCAUAUAGGAAGAGUUGUAGAUCCUCGGUGUGUUGGGAUGAGGUAGAAGAGAGAAAAUUGUUAGAACCUAAAUUGGUGCAGACCACGAAUGAGGCAAUACAGAAGAUCAGGGCUCUUAUGCAAACAGCUCAGAGCAGACAGAAGAGUUAUGCCGAUGUUAGACGUAAAGAUUUGGAAUUUGAAGCUAGUGUGAAAGUUUUUUUAAAAGUGGCACCCAUGAAAGGUAUUCAGAGGUUUGGUAGGAAGGGAAAGUUGAGUCGAGAUUCAUUGAACCUUUCGAGGUCCUGGAACAAGAAGUAUGUGAAAGACCCAUCCCAUGUAAUCGACUUCGAGCCAUUGCAGUUGGAUGACAACUUGAGCUACGAAGAGAAACCUAUAGAGAUCCUCGCUAGAGAAGUAAAGACAUUGCGUCUUUGGGAAAAUGUUUUUGUGAAAGUUCUGUGGUAG